UCUAUCUGAAACGUAAGAGAAGGUUCGAAAUAGCAAAACCCAGAGAAGAGAAUGGCAUCUGCUGCGUCUUCAAUGUCGGUGCAAUUUCUUCAAACCCAAAAAGGGAGCAAUCUGGUUCCUUGUGCUCGUCAUGUUCAGGUGAAUUCCAAAGCUUUCUUUGGUGGGAGGUUGCAGACCACGACUGGUGUGUUAUGCAAACGCAGGCCUCGCUGCGCAUUGGUUUCUGUGAAGCCUCGGACAAUGGUGUGCGUCAACUCUGUAGUAAAUGAGGUAGAGGAGCAGCUGCAAGCCAAAGUCACAGCAAAGUGCUUUUUUGAUAUAGACAUUGGUGGUGAAGCUGUUGGUCGGGUUGUGAUUGGUCUUUUUGGUGAGGUUGUUCCUAAAACAGUAGAGAAUUUCCGAGCCCUGUGCACAGGAGAGAAAGGAUAUGGUUAUAAAGGAUGCUCAUUCCACCGCAUCAUUAAGGAUUUUAUGAUCCAAGGAGGGGAUUUCACUGAAGGAGAUGGAACUGGAGGGAUCAGUAUCUAUGGUUCCAAAUUUGAAGAUGAGAGCUUUGCUUUGAAGCAUGUUGGGCCUGGUGUAUUGAGCAUGGCUAAUGCAGGCCCUGGUACUAAUGGGAGUCAGUUUUUUAUCUGCACAGUAAAGACUCCAUGGUUGGACAAUCGACACGUUGUCUUCGGACAUAUAAUUGAGGAAAUGGAUGUUGUGCGGAAACUUGAAUCCCAAGAGACAAGUAGGUCAGAUGUCCCUCGCUUGCCAUGCAGAAUUGUAAACUGUGGAGAGUUGGUUAUUGAUGGAUAACUAAUCAUUUGAUUCGUCAUAAGUUCAACUGUGGAAUACAGUUU